AUGCGAGAGCUUGAUGCAAGUGGCACAGCAUUGGCGGGUGGUUCAGAAGUUCUUCAGCUUAUCCGCAAUGACCUUCCAUGGGAAGGUUCUGUGGUGGAAGGACCCUUCUUGAUAAAGCGUGGGCACUACUACUACCUGUUUUACUCGGGCGAGUGCUACGCGAACCACCGUUACUGCGUGGGCGUUGCACGGUCUGAGCAGGUCACUGGGCCUUACGAGAAAGCCGCUGCCCCGAUUCUCUCCAGCGGUCGCGGCUUCGCCGGGCCGGGGCACUGCGUUGUGGUCACUGACUUGGGUGGCGAUGCUACAGGGCUCGAAGAUCAGAUAGACAUGAAGCCAUCAUGA